AUUGUCGUCGGCCCAAGUCAGUUGACUUCGAGAGCUGCGACGGCGCAGAACGUUGUACAAAAGUGUCGGGAAUUUCAAUGAGCUAAUAAAUUGAGUUGCGAAAGUGAGUUUAGUAGAAAGUGUGGGAAUAUGCGGAUACUUGCGGUUUUGCUCCUGGUGGGAUUAACCCAGGCUGUAUCUCCGCCUGAUGCCACAUUGGAAAGAUUUCUGAACGAGACCAAUCAGCAACUGGCUGUUAUUUAUGAUCAGGCUGUUUUGGCACAGUUGUUGAAUGAGCUGCGCGGUCCGAAUGAUUUGGUGGCUCUCCUGGAGAUCGAGGUCACCGAUGAUAAGCUUAUAAAGUACGUGCGGACACUAACAACACGCAAGGCCAAGUUCAAGCGUUUGGGAUUGGGUGAUUCCCGGCAGCGGAGGCUUCUGGACAAAAUUCCCCAAUUGGGCUAUGAGGCUCUGAGUGGCAGAGAUUUGAAGCUGGUCUACGCAUUGGCCUCCAGCAUGAGCGAUAAUUACCACAAUGUCAAGCUGUGUGCCUACAAACAGCCGGGGAACUGCACUCUAAGACUCAUACCCGACGUUCAGUCCAUAGUUCAAGGAAGCCGAGAUCUAGACGAGAUCGAAUAUUACUGGUUCGAGUGGCGCAGCCGCACGGGCUUGGCCACCAGAUCUCAGUUUGUUGACUUUAUGGAUCUGUACAAGAAGACCGCCCAGCUGAAUGGGUAUCCUCGUGCCGAGGACUAUUGGUUUCGAUCCCUGGAACUGAACGGCCAGGAGACCAUGACUCUGCUGGAUAAGAUAAUUCAUGGAUUGAGACCGCUGUUUCUUCAGUUUCAUGCCCAUGUCAGGGGAUCACUGAGGAAGAUGCAUGGGGAGCACUUGGUGCCUAGGUACAGACCCUAUCCCCAGCAUUUGGCAGAGGUCUUCAUUGGAAAUGCGUUCCGGCGGGUUCAGGCCGAAUGGUAUGUGGAUCUGCCGUCGCCGGAGAUCGGGUUGGCCAAUAUUACCCAGGAGCUGCACCGUCGAGGAUUGAGCACCACUCAAAGGGUUUUCUGGAAUGUGGCCGAGUACUUCAGAGCUCUGGGUUUUCCGCAGCUGGAGAACUCACUUUGGACUUAUGCCCAGAAAGUAUCCUCCGAUGAUGAUGAUCGCUGCUGGCACAAAGCCUGGCGAUACUAUGCUCUACCAAGGACGAACUUCACCUACUGCCCACUGAACGAUGAGGAGCGUUUCUUCAAUAUGUUUGAGGCCCAAUCGGAUUUGCAAUACUAUCGAGCUGCCUCGAUUCAACCAACUUUGCUCCAAGAGGAGCCCUUUCCCAAUUUCAGUGAUGCCAUCGGGAAGUGUUUCUCCAUGGCAGCCAGUUCACCGCGAUUCCUUAGAAAACUGGGAGUGCUGAGGGAUAACAAGUGGAAGGAGCUGCCCGCCCGUUUGAAUCGCCUGUAUAUUCAGGGCUUGAGGGUUGUGUUCCUGCUACCCGUCUUCUAUGUACUAGAUCGCUAUAGAGUUGAGGUCCUGGCAGGACAUAUUAAGGCGGAUGAUAAUGAGGCCUAUUGGAGGUUUACAGAACAUUAUACCGGAGCUGCUGCUCCAACGAAACGAACCAAUGAACAGUUCGAUGUGCCGGCCAAGCUUCUCAUGGAGGUAGAUGACCAGUAUGCCAGCAACUUCCUGAGCAUUGUUCUGCAGUUCCAACUCUUGAAACACUUUUGCACCAUAACUGGUCAGUUUGAAAUGGGCAAUCCCAGGAAACCACUGGACUUGUGUGACUUAUCCGAUCAGCGAGGCAUUGGAGAGAUUCUGAAACGGGCCAUGUCCCUGGGAUCUUCGGUUCACUAUAGGGAGGUCCUAAAGGUUCUUCUUGGUGAGCCUGAGAUCAGCAUAGAUGGACUGCUCACCUACUUUCAACCUCUGCAAGACUGGUUGCAACACCAGAAUCAAGAGAACAACCUGGAAGUGGGCUGGACAUAAGUUUUAGUAUUUAUCCAGUGAUAUUUUGGAAAUUUUAGCAUUAGUAAAUUAUUUAAAUAAAAACAUAAUAAUGG